AUGGAUGCGUCAAACAUCCGUUAUUUUGUGGAACAGGUAGCUAUCCUCCAUGAUCAUCUAGAAAUCCUGCAGCGAUACUUCCUUUGGUACUCAAAUGGACCUAUCCUCAUGGAUGAUAUCGGGAAUGCUCCCAUACCGACCCCAGCUGAACUUUUGAAACUGGAGAAUGAGCUUGUUGAACAACUACACGCAGCUCAAUGGGAUACUCGUUACGCUCCUAUCCCACCUCAUCGAUUAACGAAAAUGAAUCCGUCUUUACCGUUUAUUCUUGAUCAUCAGUAAAAAAUUAUUUCCAGACCGACUUUUUUACGAACGAGUCACGAUUCCUUAUUAUGUUUUGAUUUGACUUGUUGGGUAUUUAUCUAUAUGAAGUUCGCUCACUGGCACCAUCUCUUGUUCUUCCAAAUCUGUCUCUGUAGAUAGUGAUUUUUUGAAACGCGAGAUUGACUCUGCCUUACUUGCAACAGGUACCGACGGUGUUGUGUCUUUUGUUCAUCUUGCAUCCUCC